AUGGUUGCGACAGAGUUCUUGGGUUACAUUAAUUCGUUUUCAGCGACAACCUAUGUCGGUCUUGAAGACUUAGCAGAUCGCGCGAAUUUUCAAUGGAAUGUUAUCGUUCUCCUUCUCUGCAUGCUCCUUGUGACGGUUAGGCAGUAUUUCAUGGCCCCUCUUGUCUGCUAUCUGCCUACAACUGUCAGUGGAGGGAAUGCUGAGUCGUAUGUCACAAAUCUGUGCUGGGUGGAGGGUACCUUUCCCAUAAAUCUCACUUCUGGUGUCGUUCCUCAUGAAAUCGAAGAAUGGAGCUCUACUAGCCCCAAGAUUAUGAAUUACUACCAAUGGGUACCACUUGUCCUCGGUCUACAAGCAAUUAUCUAUUAUCUGCCCAGAAUAAUCUGGAGUGUAUUUACAUUCAACAGAACAGGAACUGAUUUGCAAAAUCUAAUCAGAACAGCAAACAGUGCGGUUAAAGAUGAGGGUGAAAAGCGUGAAAAGGCAGUUCGACAUAUGGCGAAGAGCUUGGAAUUGCUACUAUUCAACCGCCGUGAGUAUCACGAGCGCAAAGAUGGGCCAAUUAUUAGAUUUGUGCAAUCACUGCCUGGCAAGAGACAUGGAAAUAACCUCAUCUACUAUUAUCUCAUUGUGAAAAUUCUCUAUGUUCUGAUUGGACUUGGUCAACUCUAUCUAAUGUACGCUUUCCUUCGCUUUGACAAGAAAGAAGGCUACUUCUUUUUUGGCUUCCGAAUUUUGGAUGAUAUUCGAAGAGGCAAACCUUGGACUGAAACUUUGGUCUUCCCACGCAUUGGUGUUUGCAGACACACUCUUCAACACGUUGCUGCUGGAAACAACUUGUUUGCCCAGUGCGUUCUUCCCAUUAAUAUGCUGAAUGAAAAGAUCUACGUUUUCCUCUACUUCUUCUUGGGCGCUGUCAUGAUUGUUCAACUGUUGAGUAUUCCUCUUUGGAUCUACAGAAUCUCUACUUUCCGCAAGAGACACUUUAUUAAACGUUUUCUUCGCAUGGCCGAUGUUUAUGAUAGAGAUAAUCAGGAGCUCAAAGAACUAAUCGAUCGAUUCAUCAAUGAAUUCCUUCGUCAGGAUGGUCAUUUCUUGUUGAGAAUGUUGUCGAUGAAUGCCGGCGAUCUGAUCACUGUAGAGAUUGUCUGCUGUCUUUUUGGUAACUACAGAAAACAAUUCUAUGGAAAGGAUUUCAGAGGUCGUGUGCACUCCGCAGGCCGUCCCAGUGAAUAUAAUGAUAACCAGGGUGUAGACUAUGCUUCCUACCCAAUUGUUACGGGGAAUGAGAAUGAUUUCAUGAGCACUAGGCUCCAACCAGGUGGUUAUGCCGCUGCGAAACAUAGGCCUUUGCCUACUGCACCACCAAGGGAGGUGCCACCAUAUCCCGAAAAUGAUGGAUUGCAGAGGGUCAAUAUAACCUCACCCUACCCAGAUUUACCGGACUACAUGCCUGCUGCUAGUGGAAAGAUUCCUAUGCCUCAAAAUCCUCCUCCAAUCCAUCAAUCGACACCUCAUACUCCACAAAAUGUGCCUCCACAGCCUUCGUCGCAAAACACUCCUUCGUCUCCACAAAAUACGAACGAAUACAAAUCUUCGAAUGUUUAG